AAAAAAGAGGGAAUCGUUUAUAUUUCUUCAUCAUUUGAAAAUUGUAAAUUUUGACAGCCAACAUUGAAAUUCUGAGAUUUUUCGUGAAAAAAUGGAUGCAAAAAGAGCACUUGCAACUUGGGAGCUGGAAAAUCGUUUGAAAAUUUUACCCCCGUGUGAUGAAAUUUAUCGCUAUGAUGGUGAACAACAGCGGCAAAUACUUGACGCAAAACCAUGGGAAAAGGAUCCUCAUUAUUUUAAGGAUAUCAAAAUUUCUGCAUUAUCCUUACUUAAAAUGGUGAUGCAUGCUCGAUCAGGUGGAACACUGGAAAUCAUGGGACUACUCCUUGGAAAAGUGGAAGACAACACCAUGAUUGUAAUGGAUGUGUUUGCUCUACCGGUUGAAGGCACCGAGACGCGUGUAAAUGCGCAAUCCCAAGCUUACGAGUACAUGUCCGCGUAUAUUGAGGCGGCUAAAGAAGUCGGGCGUUUGGAAAAUGCAAUCGGCUGGUAUCACAGUCAUCCGGGUUAUGGCUGUUGGUUAUCUGGCAUAGAUGUAUCCACACAAAUGCUUAAUCAAAACUAUCAGGAACCAUUUGUUGCCAUCGUUAUCGAUCCUGUACGCACAGUAUCAGCAGGCAAGGUCUGUUUGGGUGCAUUUCGCACCUAUCCCAAGGGUUAUAAGCCACCAAAUGAAGAGCCAUCAGAGUAUCAAACUAUACCUUUAAAUAAGAUCGAUGAUUUCGGUGUACAUUGCAAACAAUAUUACCCACUUGAGGUAACUUACUUCAAGUCUGCAUUAGAUAGAAAAUUAUUAGAUUCGUUGUGGAACAAAUAUUGGGUAAACACUUUGGGAAGCUCAGGUUUGCUUACCAAUACUGAUUAUACAACUGGACAAAUUUUUGAUUUGUCAGAAAAGCUGGAGCAGAGCGAAUCCAGUUUGGUGCGGGGGCCAUUUAUUGCCACAGGCGCUGAAGGAAGUGAAAAACGUACAGAAGAUAAACUUUCAAAGGCCACUCGAGACUGCAGUCGCGCAUCCAUUGAACUAAUACACGGCUUAAUGGCCCAAAUUGCCAAGGACAAACUGUUUAAUAAGGUUGGACUUGAAAAAUAAGUUCAAGAUGUGAAGAAAUUAAUUAACUUUAAACAUAACUUAUCAUAUUGCAUUAAUAAUAUGUUAAUAAAGCUUUCAGCUACACAGAUUACCGCA